GAAGGAUAUCUACAUAAAAGGGUUUAGUACAGCUGUUAUAAAGGAUCUGUCAGCUACAGUGCAUAAAGGAUGUUGUGAUUGACAGGUGGUGGCCCAAUGGCUAUGGAAACCAAACCCUGUACAACCUGUCUGUGUUCUACCGAGAUGAAAGUGGAAUGGAGGAGUCACGCGCAGGACUCACAAUUGGUUUUCGAACAGUGGAACUAGUACAGCAGCCUGUGUCUUCUAAGAAUGCCAGUAAAGGUUUGACUUUUUACUACAAAAUCAACGGAGUACCACUGUUUUUAAAAGGAACCAACUGGAUUCCUGCUGACAGUUUCCAGGAGACAAUAACGAAAGAGAGACUUCGCCGUCUGCUCCAGUCGGCGGCAGACGUCAACAUCAACUCCAUGAGAGCCUGGGGUGGCGGGGUAUAUGAGUCUGAAGAUUUUUACGACUUAACAGAUGAACUUGGGAUCAUGAUAUGGCAAGACUUGAUGUUUAGUGGCGCAAUGUAUCCAGUAGAUGAACCUUUUUUGGAAUCAGUAAAACAGGAAUUGAAAUAUCAGGUCCAGCGACUAAAGCAUCGACCUUCAAUCAUUGUCUGGGCUGGAAGCAAUGAGAAUGAGAAAGCUCUGCGACUGAAUUGGUUUAAUACUAGUGUCAACUACACCCGAUACUACGACGACUAUGUCAAAUUGUACAUUGACACUGUCAGACCUAUUGUCCUCAGUGAAGACUCCACCAGAGAAUUCCUCUCAUCAAGUCCCAGUGAUGGCAUGGAGACUGAGAGACAAGGAUGGGUGGCCAAGGACCCUGGUGAUGAGCUCUAUGGAGACAUUCACUACUACAACUACACUGUUGACCUCUACAAUGACAGUACAUUUCGUAUUCCACGGUUUGCAUCUGAGUUUGGUGUCCAGGCAUGGUGUGAUGCAGAAACUCUGGAAGAUGUUUUUCUAGAGUCUGACUUUGACUAUUGGGGCAAAAUGGCAGAACAUCGACAGCAUCACGCAUUUGGUCAGAUUGAAAUGUUCACUGAGAUAAAGACGCACAUGAAGAUUCCCGAAACCAACGACACGAAACAGAAGUUCAAGGAUCUCAUAUACCUCACACAGAUCAACCAAGCAGAGUCAGUUAAAGCAGAAACGGAACAUUAUCGCCGCUGGCAAACAGACUUGAUGUCUGACGGUCGAGGAUUAACAAUGGGCGCCCUCUACUGGCAGUUAAAUGACAUCUGGCAGACACCAUCAUGGGCUUCUAUUGAUUACCAAGGAAAGUGGAAAAUGCUACAUUAUUACGUCAGGAAAUUCUUUUCACCUACAUUAAUCUCUCCAUUUAAUGACAAUGGUGACCUGAGUGUGUAUGUGGUGGUUGACGGAAUUCCAUUGCUGGAGGCACGCGACUCGGUAACAGGGAAUCUAGAAUUUAGACUGAAUGGGACAUCAGGACAGAUAGAAAAUAGAUACCAUGACUCAAAGAUUAACAGGUCUAUGUUUUCUGCUGCCAUAAGUGGCAAACUGUACAUUCAGAUGUAUUCAUGGGAUAGCUUUACACCUUUGAAGGUUUGGAAUGUGCCAUAUAAGCUUCACACAUCAGCUGAGUUGGUAUUCAAAAAGAACAUGGCUGCCAUGAUGAAAGAGGCUGGGUGCACCCGCUUCGAGAAGUGUUUCUUCUAUCUGUACGGUGGCCAUGGUGACCAGAUGUCUAACUGGUUGUCCAUGGCAUACAUGAAGGAUGCCCAAGGAUUGACUAAAGCAAAGAUAUUGAUCACUCAUAUUAAACAGACCACACCCACCCAGUUUGAAAUAUAUCUUGCAUCCAAUCGGAUUGCUCCUUACGUCUGGCUGGAUGCAUAUAAAGUAAAAGGCCGUUUUUCCGACAAUGGCUUCCUGAUGUUAAAACCACAGACAGUUGUUAAGUACACAGCCUGGGAACCAGUUGAUCUCAAAGUCUUCAAGAAAACCUUGAGUGUAAAGUCUUUAAUGGAUGUCUACCAACAUGUCUGACAGUAUAUUAAUAAUAUUUAAUUAAUACAUCUAUCUCUAGCUUCUCGGUGGCGUCAUGGUUAGGCCAUCGGUCUACAGGCUGGUAGGUACUGGGUUCGGAUCCCAGUCGAGGCAU